CUCCCAAAUUUUUAAGUUACUUUACUAACAUGACACAAACACAAAGCUUGUGUCAACAUCAUGGAUUUUUUCGUAGAGGUAACCACAGUAAGUAGGUAUGUCUGUGGAGGUAACCACAGCUAUGUCUGUGGAGGUAACUAUAAACUGAAUGGGCAUUGGAUACUACCUACCUAUGAUCAAUUUCCACGCUGUUAUCCGAAUAAUUUGAAAGUAAUUGAUUUUCAUUUUUGCCUACAUGAAUAGAUAUUUUCGAAUGUAGCUAACUAUAUGAAUAAUUGUUAUACAAUGUACUGGAUAUUGUUGGAACUGACAAUUAUUUUUUAUUUUGUUACUAUGAACCAUUUUAUUAUGACAGAAGUAGACGAAUCGCCACGGGAAAUACAAUCCUAUGAAUAUGGUGCACAUGUACUAGGAGAGAAAAAAUCGUUUUGGCACGUUGGCACUAUACCAAAACUAACUUCUCUUUUGACGUUAAAUAUAACGCCCACCGCAGAAGGAUUAGAAAACAGAUUUACUUACAUGAGAGUUGAGUAUGUGAAUGCAGUGUCAAACGUAAUAGUAAUGUACGAUCCACACACGAAUAUGUUGUCCAUUACAGUGGUAUUCCCUUUUCUUGAAACGCCAUUUGGUGUCGUUGGUUAUUCAAUGCCAGCGCAAGAGAAGAAUCAACCCAAUGCUACCAAAUAAUCAUCGCAUCGCAUUUUAUUGACACAGGAUGAAAAGGAAUUAUUUAUUAAACAGUUAUAAACGCACUGCAUAUAUCUUCCCCGUCAUUUGAAAGAGUGAAUUUUAUAGUGAAAUUACGUGCUAAAUUUAACACUACGAGUUCAAAGAGCAGCAUGGUCGGGUUGGAGGCCUUUUUUUUUUGUUCGAGUCACAAUGUGCUGUCCUUUUCCUAAAAUGUCCAUUUGGGAAAUAUACUAUUUUAAGGAACUAACUACAGCUAUGUUUAUUAAAAUAAAUUAUGAAUGUGAUAAGAAAACAAUGAUGUUAAAAAUUUUAUAUAAAAAACUUUAUUUUCACCAUUGGCGCUUAACAAAAGGUGUUAAGUCGUCAAUUGCAAAACAAAGUAUAUAAAAAUAGUAUACAAAAUUUUCGAUUUUUGAAGGUCAAAAUAUUAAAGAAAAUGUCACUUUUUUGCGUAGAAUUAAUUAUCCUUAUAUCUGUAUCGACUAUUAGUCAUGGGAGCGCAAGUUGAUGUCGUCAUGGCGUUCGCGCUCGGUCUCGCGGUGAUCGCCGGAGACGCGUGCGCCGGCCGACGUGCCCGCCUCGUCGUGCUCGCGCUUGUUGCCCGAGUGCGGCUGCGCGGACGGCGCCGACUGCACCAGACGACCCAUCAAGCUGGCACUCUUAUCCUUACGCGGUCGAGUCCACUCGUGAGAAAGCACCCGGUCGAGAGUCAGUCUCAAUGUUAUAUCAGGCUCAAGAAUGUGCCGCACUAUCGACUUGGCCGCUGCGGACACCGUAUCACGAAUUCUGGAACGAAACACCCAGUUGCGCGACAUCUGAUCUUUCAGCAACUUCCUCAGAUUAGAGUCAUCGAAGGGCAUCGAUGCGUUCAACAUUAUAAACAAGAUGAUACCUAAGGACCAAACAUCAGCCAGUUUCGGGUUGUAAGGUGUUCCACUGACAACUUCUGGGGCAGCGUAUGCAGCAGAGCCGCAGUAUGUCUGACUGAGUACUCGACGGUUGUCCCCGUCUGUACAAAAUCUUGCAAAACCAAAAUCAGCCAGUUUUACAUUGAAACGCCUGGAAAGGAGAAUAUUCUCACAUUUUAGAUCUCGGUGUGCGAUGUUCUUGCUGUGCAGAUACUGCAGCCCGCUAGCCAUCUGUCUAAACCAAAGCUUUGCUUGAUUUUCAGGCACUACUCCAUUCCGCUUUAUGAAGUCUAAAAGAUCACCGUUAUCGGCAUAGCGCAUAAAAAUAAAUACUCUCGGUCCCCUUUGUAAAAUGCUAUGCACUUGAAUAAGAUGUGGAUUCUCGAUUUUAGUUAAAAUAUCAAGCUCACGGGGGAAAAACUUCUCUAAAAAAUCUCGAGGUGCCUUUUCCUUGUCAAAUAUUUUGCACGCGAGGUGCAUCCGCUUGGGGCUCGACGCAUCGCAGUACUCGGCGAGGUGGACAGUUGCGUAAGACCCUUGCCCGAUUUUCUUGCCAAUGAGAUAGCCUCGCUGUUCCAAGGCAUUAACCUCGGAGCUUCGAGGGCUGAGGCGCUCAGCCAUGGAGCUCUAUCGUCUUUAUCCUUACCCGUUUAGGAUACAUUGGACAUCUCAAUACUAACGAUAUGCCCAACGUUCUGUCGUCCUCCUGUCAAAAUAUUAUCUCUUCGUUUGAUACAAGUUUUCCACACAACUCUCAUGUAAGAGAGCAAAACAAUAAAAUAUAAAUAUUUUAUAUCACGCACAAGAUUUUGUCAAAAUAUUACGACAUCACAAAGAAUUUGGAUAUUAAAAACGCUAUCACUAGUAAUAAAUCUUCCGAAAA